AGAGCGGAGGAGGAGAGAGAAUCAAGGGGAGGGGUCAAAACUGCGAACUGCAUCAUCGCCAAAUCCAGUGUCAUUAUAUCCUCGCUGGGUUGCGCUCUUCUGCCCAUUUGCUGAGAAAAAGCGAGGCGGAAGGAGGACAAGUUGCAGGUCCGAACCUGAACCUGUUGUCGAGGACGAGGAGGAUAUAAAUCGGAAGGGUUUGGGUUAUUUGGGAUCUGGGGAUUCUUCGAAAUGAGAGAAAUCAUAAGCAUUCAUAUUGGUCAGGCUGGGAUUCAGGUCGGGAAUUCCUGCUGGGAACUGUACUGCCUGGAGCAUGGCAUCCAGCCCGAUGGCAUGAUGCCCAGUGAUACAACUGUAGGUGUGGCGCACGAUGCUUUCAACACCUUCUUCAGCGAGACCGGAUCUGGAAAGCACGUCCCCAGAGCCAUAUUCGUUGACCUCGAACCUACCGUCAUCGAUGAGGUCCGCACUGGCGGUUACCGCCAGCUUUUCCAUCCCGAGCAGCUCAUCUCCGGGAAGGAAGAUGCUGCCAACAACUUUGCUAGAGGACACUAUACAGUGGGAAAGGAGAUCGUCGAUCUGUGCUUAGAUCGAGUAAGGAAGUUAGCCGAUAACUGCACAGGCUUGCAAGGGUUCUUGGUCUUCAAUGCUGUAGGAGGUGGUACUGGUUCUGGUUUGGGGUCAUUGCUCCUCGAACGGUUGUCAGUCGAUUAUGGGAAAAAGUCGAAGCUUGGUUUCACAAUCUACCCUUCUCCCCAGGUGUCGACAGCUGUCGUUGAGCCCUACAACAGUGUUCUUUCCACCCAUUCCCUCCUCGAACACACUGAUGUUGCGGUGCUCUUGGACAAUGAGGCCAUUUAUGACAUAUGCCGAAGGUCUUUAGACAUCGAGAGGCCCACUUACACCAACUUGAACCGAUUGAUCUCUCAGAUCAUAUCCUCCCUCACAACUUCCCUGAGGUUCGAUGGAGCCAUUAACGUGGACAUCACGGAGUUCCAGACCAACCUUGUCCCAUACCCUCGCAUCCAUUUCAUGUUGUCUUCGUACGCCCCUGUGAUCUCAGCCUCGAAAGCUUACCAUGAGCAGCUGUCGGUCCCUGAAAUAACAAAUGCAGUGUUUGAGCCCUCAAGCAUGAUGGCUAAAUGCGAUCCAAGGCACGGUAAGUACAUGGCCUGUUGCUUGAUGUACCGUGGCGAUGUUGUCCCCAAGGAUGUCAAUGCUGCUGUUGCAACCAUCAAAACUAAGAGGACCGUUCAGUUUGUCGACUGGUGCCCGACGGGCUUCAAGUGUGGAAUCAACUACCAACCACCAACGGUGGUGCCCGGAGGAGAUCUUGCCAAAGUACAGCGGGCUGUGUGCAUGAUCAGCAACAACACGGCUGUUGCGGAGGUAUUCUCUCGCAUCGACCACAAGUUCGACCUCAUGUACUCCAAGAGGGCAUUUGUACACUGGUACGUUGGUGAAGGAAUGGAGGAGGGCGAAUUCAGCGAGGCCCGUGAAGAUUUAGCUGCACUCGAAAAGGACUAUGAAGAAGUUGGAAUGGAGGGUGUCGAUGAAGACGAGGAGUAUGAAGAGGAAUAAACAAGAUGAUGACUAGAUAACUCCAUUAAAUCUUGAAGGGGAUUGAUUACCUUUAUGUGUGUUUUGCAUUGUUGGUCUUUGAUUCGAACUCUUCUCAAAUUUGUGUUCAGUUUGGUUUUCUUCAAUCUGUAAGAUCCUAUCCAAGUCAAGUUUCUGCUGCUUAUAUUGAGGACAAUAUCAUGUUUACAUGUCUAUGAAGUCAAUCAAUGGUGUAUUGCUUUC